AUUGUCAGUCUACUGUCAAUUAGUUGUCAUUUUUCAUUCAUUCAUUGUCAACAAAAAUUGUGAACGGAGCACUUGCUUAUCAUAAUAUAACCAAAAGUGCUUUUAAGUGUAAAUAAUAAAACAUUGACAAUCUGUAACCGGUAACCCUUUACCUGAUUCGAUAUUGAAAGAAAUAUAAAAUGGUUGUGUUUGGACCUGAAGAAGUACAAUUAGCAGAUAAUAGUGCUUGUGCUUCUAUAAGAGCUGAUCUUAAGAUGUGUUUACUAAAUAGUGAUUGUUGUAAAGUGGAUAAAAAGACCCCAAGACAAUGCUUAAAGGAAGGACAAAUAUCAGACGAAUGUCAUCAACUACGGCAGAUAUUUUUCGAAUGCAAGAGAUCAGUCCUUGAUAACCGAAGAAGAUUUAGAGGGCUCAAAGGAUAUUGAUUAUUAUAAGUAAAUCCACCUACCCUUGUCCAUACAUGUCUAUGCAGUAUGUGCUGCUCUUCAAUACAUUUCUAUCACCUGUUGAACUAUACAGAGGAUAAAAUAAUACAGAGACAAAGUUAUAUACCGGUUGGUAACCAGCUGUGUGUUGGUAAUCAGUUGUAAACCAGUUUUUCGCAGUAUUGGCCAGUGGUUACUCUUAUACCAUGCUUGACAGUCAGAAGUAUUCACUUUGUAUGCUUUCUUUCUACUCCUCUGAUCAUAACUGAAUUCUCUCUUUACACCUAUCCAUCCAUUCUUCUGUCUUCCGCUGCAUAAUAGAUAUAAAUUAAAAGUAGAUAUUGUAAAUAAUUUUCUUCACUUAGUUUUGUAAUGUGAUGAAAGAGUUGAAUAAAUAAUUUAUUAGUA